GAGCUGUUCUUUAUACUUACCCCGAAGCAUUUACCACGUGACCCCUCACGCAGAUUCAGAUUGUGUUUACAUAUGCGUGUAAGCAUAGGCAUAUGUAUAGUUGUGAAACAUUCGUGAAAAUGAACAGGAUAUUGUUGAUAUUAGCCCUUGUCAUUGGGUGUCGGGCCAGUGACCAGAUGUACCGCUGUCCCUCCAACCUGGCCAGGAACCCCUAUCUGAAGACGUUUGGAGAAAAGUGUUACCAGUUCAACAACUACGAAAUCAGCUGGUACGCGGCCAGAGACACGUGCUCGUCACGUGGUGGGAUGCUGGUCCAGAUCCGGACGUCGCAAAUCCAGCAGUUCCUGAUGAAUUCCCUGAGAAGUCUUAGCUGGAACAGAAACGGAGUCUGGAUGGGCGCUCAUGACCUCGAUGAUGAAGGCCAUUGGAAAUGGGUCGAAGGACACCCGUUGACUUACACAAACUGGGCCCCGGACCAGCCCGGUGGAUGUACCUUGUUUUACUGUGGUGAGGAUUGUGGUAAUUUGAGAUACAGUGACGGUGGACGUUGGCAUGAUUACCCCUGUGAUACCCCCUUCCACUCAUACUCUUUUAUUUGUGAAUUCUAUAUGGGACCAGCAACGACAACAACAACAACGACAACUACAACGACAACAAAACCACCAACUACAACAACAACCACAACAACAACACCAACGACAACAACUACCACACCAACAACCACAACUACAACCCUAACGACAACAACAAAAUCAACAACAACUACUACAACGCCCCCUACAACAUCUACGUCAUCAAGCACCACCGCCACCACUCCGACCACUACCACGGCCAGUGACCCCGUGAACCCGCCGAUACUACAAGCCUUACAAGAAAAUCAAGACAAAAAGCUAAAAGGAGGAGAAAUCGCGGGUAUAGUCCUGUCCCUGCUGCUGUUGGCCUUCGUCGGGGGCUUCGUCUGUGCCUUUGUUGUGGUCAGAAGAAGGCGGAAGGAGUUACCAGACCAAGAAUAUACCGUGACGUUUGACAACGUAACGUACGUCAUCCGGGCCCUCAACCCGUUCCAGCGGAACCAGAACCAAAGCACACGACACCUGGUUUUGGACAGCACGAUAUCGGAGCCCCCUCCACAGUACGAAGAAGUCGACAACCAACUCAACAACGCGGUCUGCAGGCCGCAUUACGCGCGACAAGAAAACUAUUACGAUACCGCGGACACCGUCAAAAAAGGGCUUCCUUCGGAUGGAGCAGAAACCUGCUUUAAAUCUGUACAUAAUGAGAAAGCUAGCCCCCCACCGUACGAGCCUAGCGGUGAUCACAAAUAUAAUAUUUACGAUGUUCCAGACGUGGCACUGCCUCCAAAAGCGGAGCAGACAUAUCACGAGAUUCCACUUCCGGAGCGGAGCUUUGAGAGUACAGGCCACUACAGUGAACCGGUAGAGGGCGCUACUGGUUACGAGACGCCAAGUACCAUACGUGAAAACUCCGACCAAAAUUACAUGGACAUGGAUAUAGAAUACAGAGAAGAAGGCCAAGUCCCCGCGGGGUACAACAACGAACUCUAUGGCGUGUCCGAUGCUUGAAGUCUCCGAUUCUGGAAUGGUCAGAUCCAUCAAAAGAACAUAUCUGUGAUAGGCUCAUAUAGAAGCUCGUCAGAAACGGACCCCUACUGAAUAGAUUACUAUCUAUGAUAACGGACCCCUACUGAAUAGAUUACUAUCUAUGGUCACUAUUAAAUCUGUCUCGUGUAGACUAAGACUGCAUUGACGUAGUACUUACUACUUAGUCACUGAGGGAAAAAAGGACCAAUGUUCUUUUAAAAGGAAACUUACAUUACGAUUCUACUAUUUGAGAUGCCGUUCAUCGGAAAGUAUAUCAUUUGUAAACUAUACUACAGAAUUUAUUUAAUCAGUGAAGAGUUCAAGUAGACGAUCGUUACAUUAAAAUGCAAGCAAUCCCUCCAUUCCUGAAUAUCGCCAGACCCCAUGGACAAUUUUUUACGAGAUGUUUAUAUAUUAUGGAUCAUAUACAGGACACCUGAGUCCAAAACAAACAGAUCAAAUCAUUGCUUUGUCCACAAACCAAAAACUCAUCUAUUUGCUUAUUGUGUUAAACACUAUCAAUGCUUCAAACUUCUGUCAUUACAUAUAAGGGUGGACCACGUUUCACCUAUUCUGUGAUCAAACUACAUAUUGUUCUUGCACAAAAUAUGUAUUCGGAUUUAAAAAUAAAUCACAAAGUGAACAAAGUUCGAGGUGUAUUCCAAUGACUGGUCCUGUUGACCCAGCGUAUAUAUUACAUACUGUACACCAGGUGUCGCCAAACUGGCGUCUCUUUAUGACCUGUAGUUGAAGAUGGCAGCCCCGUUUUAUAGCUUUGAUAAGUAAGAUGGUAUUUACAGUUCAGAAAUAAACGUGCAUAGAUAAUCUUUCCCUGUAUUUUGAAUAAAUGCCAAAGUCUCAA